AUGCUACUCUCAUGGACUGCAAUAAAACAGAGCCUCAAGGAUAUCAGUUAUCUGGCUGUGGAUGUUUUUGUAACUGGUGAAAGGGAUGGCUUCCGAAGAACUCUCACCCUCCUCCUCACCUGUAGCUUCUCCAGCCUCCUGCUCAGCUCCCUGCUCCUCCUCUACCUCGUCUUCACCCUGAACUAUGAGCUAGCGGUAGCGGGAUGGGUCGCCGGCUUCUUUGGGACACUACUGACACUCGCCCUCUUUCUAUCAAAGAGAGUAAGGUGCUUUGGGACUCUGUUUGUUAUCUCCAUUUUCAUGAAGAAAAGUCGGAACCUGCUCCUGACCGCUGGGACUAGUUUGGUGGUUCUUAGAAAUAUCCACAACACCUUGGAGAACAUAACAGGCCUGGUCAGGAGUAUGCUCUGCAACCUGAAGGCUAAGAAAGCUGCCAUGCUCGCUCCGUUCAGUAACUAUGUCAAGAUGUUGAAGUGGAUAGGAAACAUGCUCAAGGGGGUGACAGACUUAGGGGUGGUGAACCUUGACUCCCAACUCAAAGUUACACCCAGACUGGAAUCAGACGAACUCAGGGAGAAGCUCAGCGAAGCAGAGCAGAAGCUGAAUGUAACAGUGAAGUAUGUGCAGUCCCUAAUGAAUACAGUCUCCUCUGUGAGCGAUAAGGCCUUUCCUGCCAUCAGCUUCCUCGUGCUCACAAUGUUUAUAGCGCUGCACAUAAAGAAAUACUGCAGUGACAUGAAAUACAAAAACAGGUUCGUGAGCAGCAGAUUUGUUCGCUUUGACAAGAAGCAGAAGACGGAAAGGAAGCCUCACGUCCUCCCCCUCACUCCAGAGGAAGAGAAGCUGUACACCGUUGUCCCCUCGGCCCGUCCCACCACCAGAGAGGGGAGAGCUAUGCUGAAAUUUGGUGUUCCAGUCAUCUCCCAUUUUAUGGCUUGGGUCAUAUUUAUAACCGUGGAUGCCUUGUUGUACUGCUUUGUCGAUAUUGUAACAACAAAGUUAUCAGAGCUGGAACCAUUCCAUGUCCCGUUGUUAAUAAGCAUCAAAGGGAUUGCAACUUUAAUAGGUAUACCACUCGGUGAGGAAAACCACCAAAAAGAUUUUACCUACUCUGUAAGCCUCUUUGAGAAGAAGUGUCUUCCUAAACCCAAGCUGCUGCUCUAUACCUCUGUGGUUCCUUUGGCUGCAAUCCUGCUCACCCUGCUCAUUAUGGCUCUGAUGGCUGCCAAAGUGGCCCAGCUCAGGCUCAUGGUCUGUGAGCGCUUCUUCUCCACCGCUGCGGAGGAGAGAGUGGAGUACCUGCACGCCAAAAUCCUGAGGAAGAGAGUAAAAAAGAGGAAGGGGAAAAACAACUGCAGCGUCACGUCGCUCUAUUUUAAGCCACAUUUCUGGUGUCCGCUGCUCUUCAAGCCCAAAGAGAAUCCACAACAUAUCGUGUGA